AUGGGUACCGAAUAUGAAAAAGAUCAUAUCAAAAAGCUGCAGGAGCAGCGUAUGUCCAUGCAAAAGAAAACCUUCACCAACUGGAUGAACAAUGUCUUCUUCAGGAAUAAUGUAAAGGUUGAGAUAAAAGAUAUUUACACAGACUUGAAGGAUGGCAUCUCUCUCAUGCAACUCCUGGAGCUGCUCUCUGGAGAGGCUUUGCCCAGACCAAACCGGGGAAAGAUGAGAGUGCAUUUUCUAGAGAACAACAGCAAAGCCAUCACAUUUCUGAAAUCCAAGCAGGUACAAGUAAAAGUGAUUGGUCCUGAGAAUAUCGUAGAUGGUGACAGAACCUUAAUCCUGGGACUUAUCUGGAUCAUUAUACUUCGAUUUCAGAUUUCAUCUAUCAAACUUGAUAAGGAAGAAUUUGGAGGCAGAGCUGAUGUUCUAUUUGCCAAUGAAGCCUUACUACUCUGGUGUCAGCAUAAAACUGCUAGCUAUUCCAAUGUGAAUGUGAAGGACUUCUCCAAAAGCUGGAGUGAUGGGCUGGCCUUCAACGCACUCAUACAUGCUCACAGGCCUGAUCUUAUCCACUAUAGCUCACUGCGGCAGGACCAGCCCAUCAAAAAUCUGAACAAUGCCUUCGAUGUUGCUGAGAAAGAGCUGGGAAUCAGCAAACUGCUUGAUGCUGAGGAUGUGGCAAUACCCUACCCAGAUGAGAGAUCCAUCAUGACUUACGUGUCACUCUAUUACCACUACUUCUCCAGGCUGAAACAAGGCCAGACAAUACAAAAGCGACUUACCAAAAUCGUGUUCUUCCUGAAGGAGAUAGAUGACUUGAAGCUUCUAUAUGAGCAGAUGGUCUCUGACCUCCUGAAAUGGAUUAAACAGAAGGUGACGGAACUGGAUGACCGCCAUUUCCCCAACUCUCUUCAGGAAAUGUGGCUGCUCAUGGCCAACUUCAAGACCUUCCGCACUGUGGAGAAACCCCCCAAAUAUCAAGAGAAGGGCAUGAUUGAAGCUCAUCUCUUCAACAUCAGGACCAAGCAGAGAGCCAACAACCAACGGCCAUACUUACCCCCAGAGGGGAGGAUGCUGCAGGAUGUGGAAAAGCACUGGAUUAUCCUGGAAAAGGCAGAACACAACCGGGGAAAAGCACUGCAGAAGGAGAUGCUGAGGCUAGAAAGGCUGGAACAGCUAGCCCAGAGGUUCCUGAAGAAAGCAGCCCUGCGUGAGUCCUACUUGGAAGACAUGAGGAAAGUGAUUGGGAAGCAGAACUUCUGGCCGGAGAGUGCAGACAGGAUGGAGGCUGCCAGUAAGAAGCUGGAAGCCAUUGUGGCAGAUGUACUCCCCAGGAGGGAACGCUUCACAGCUUUGGAUGAAAUGGCCACAGUCAUCAGCCAGGAGAACUAUCAUGGCAAAGACCAAAUUGUGAAGAAGCAAAACAGCAUUUCAAAGCAAUGGAAGGAUCUGCUGGACCAGCUGCAGAGACGACAACAUUCCCUGGGUACAAUGCAGGAAAUUCUGGGCCUCCUGAGGGACAUUGAUGCCAUUACGGAGGAGCUGAAAGAGCUGCAGGUGCUAGUGAAUUCCCAGGACUGUGGGAAGCAGCUCCUGGAAGUAGUAGAUUUGCUGCAGAAGCACAACUUGGUUGACUCGCAGAUCUCUUCCUAUGAUGAUAGAUUGACACACAUCACCCAGAGGACAGCAGAAAUCAGCAAGGACAGCACAGUUAAACCAGAAGUGCUUUAUGCGAAAGUUCAGAUGCUUCGUCAGCUCUAUCAGAACCUUACAGCCCUGAGCAAGUCACGAAAAUCUCAGCUAGAAGAGGCUUUGAAGCUUUUUGAAUUCUUCCGUGACUGCAAAGAGGAAGAAUCGUGGAUCUCUGAGAAAUGGAAGCUAGCAAGAAUGACAACAUUAGGGAAAGAUGUCAGCCAGAUUACAGCCUCUAUUCAGAAGCACAAGGCUCUCGAAGCGGAGUGCAAUUCCCACAGGGCCUUAUGUGCAGAUGUCAUGAGGAGGGGCUGGGACCUGAGCCAGAAGAACCCUGCACGCCAGGAGGACAUUCUGAGGCAGACAGACAACCUCCAGAAGUUGUGGCAGCAGCUCCAAGAUGAGGUGGCUGAUCGCAAAAGCCGCCUGCAGGCAGCAGCUCUCAUCAAGCAGUACUUUGCUGACAUCGAUGAAGCAAAUUCAUGGUUGCGAGAAAGGCAGCCCCUUCUGGCCAGCAAGGACUAUGGAAAAGAUGAAUCGAGUGCUGAAGCGCUGUUGCAUCGUCACUUGCGCCUGGAGAAGGAGAUUGCAGCCUACUCCUCUGAGAUGAGACGCCUGAAAGAGCAGGCUGACAUUGCAGCAGAGCAAGCUCCAGCUGCAAUGGUGAAAAUGGAAGCCACAAGUGACUUAAAUCAAAAGACAACUAAGCUACCAUUCAGUCGAACCUGGGCAACAUCUGAAGCUGCAUUCCCUGGAACCUCCAGUCCAGAUGUUCAUUUUCUUCCAGAGAACAUCUGGAAGACCCAAGAUGAAAUAGAUUCACUUUACGAAAAUCUACAGAGCAUGGCUGAGGACAGAAAAAAGGCUCUGGAGGAGAUGAUUGGAUAUUACCGCUUCUGUAGCUCUUGCGAAGAAUUUCAGUCGUGGAUGAAAGAUAAAGAGAACAUUUUCCGGACUCUUCAGCCUCAAGCAGACAAUGUGGAGGUCAUGCAGCAGAAAUAUCAGAGCUUUUUAAUGGAACUGGCUGCAGGCAAAGGCCAGCUGGGAGAUAUUGAAAACUUAGCUGUUAAAUAUGGAAAGAUCAGUCCCAGCAAAUAUGCUGAGAUCCAGAUUUGGCUGCAAGAGAUCAACAGCAGGUGGGACCGCAUGGAAACUCUGAAGGAGGAGAAGGGCUCUGAGCUGAUUGGAGUGGCUGAUGUGAGGACGUUUCUUCAGGACUGUCAGAGCAUAGGAGUACUACUGCAAGACAAGAUGGUCCAACUCAGGGAUCUGGAACCAGGGAACUCACCUGCUGGGCUGGAGUCAGACAAGCGCAAACUGUCUACAAUUGAGAGAGAGGUCCUGGUGAUAGAGAGGAAAAUUGAAUACUUGAGGACUGUUGCAAAAUCGAUUAAGGACACCAACCCUGCAGAGAGCAGGGCCAUCACUGAGCAGGUGGAGAACAUGGAGAGGCUUCUGGCAAAGCUCAAGCUGGAGACCCAAAAGAAGCGGGACAUUCUGCAGCGGGCCCAAAAUCAACAGUCCUUCCUGCAAGACAGCCGCAGGCUUCUGCUGUGGGCAGAAGGCAUUCGGGAGAAACUGAGCAGUGAAGAAAUGGGUGUGGACGUGGCUUCUGCAGAGCAAUUGUUGAAGGAACAUCAGGACCUGCUGAAAGAAAUUAGGUCUCAGAAAGAAAGAUUUGUGCAGCUGGAAGAGCUAGGGUGCAAAGUAAUCCACGAACAACCCAGCAACGGCAGGACCAUAGAUGUCCACCAGUCCAUGGAGAGGCUUGCCAAGGAGAACAAAGAGCUGGAAAAUAUGUGGGAACAGCGACGGAAAAAGCUGCAGGAUGGCCUGGAAUUGCAGAAGUUCAAUAGGGAGGGAGAUCGUAUCAAUGCAGCCCUCUCUGGCCAUGAGGCCUUUCUCCGGGGGGAUGACCUUGGGGACCACGUAGAUGCUGUUCGAAGCCUGCUGAAGCAACAUCAGGAAUUUGAACAACUGCUGAUGGUGCUGAAGAGACGAGUUGAAGCACUUAAUGAAAAUGGGGUGAACCUAAUAGAAAGCAGGCACUUUGCAUCUCACAUUAUUGAAGAGAGAAUGGUCACUCUCCGGCGAAGGUGGGAGCGGCUGAUACAAAGCAAUGCUGAGAGAAAACAGAGGUUGUUGGAUUCCCUACAGCUGCAGGAGUUUAAUCGUGAUGCUGCUGAGCUUUUGAUAUGGAUGGAAGAGAAGUACAAGAUUGCAUCAGAUGAAUCCUAUCGUGACCCAACAAAUGUUCUACGCAAACUGAAGUGGCAUGAGGCUGCUGAGAAGGAAAUGAUGGCUAAUGAGGAGCACUUUGCAACACUGAUAAAGAAAGGAAAUCAACUGAUUCAAGACAACCAUUAUGCUGCAGUUUCUAUCCAGGAGAAGAUGUCAGAGCUUCAAAAGAAAUGGAAGGAAUUGUAUGGCAAGAUGAUAGAACGAGGUGACAAGCUGAGACAAGCUGGGCAGCAAGAACAGCUCAUGGAACUGCUCCAGGAUGCCAAAAAGAAGAUAGAGAAAAUUGAGAAAGUUCUUCAGGAAUCUGAGACAGGCCAUGAUUUGCGCUCCAGCCGUGAUCUACUCAAGCAGCACAGACAGCUGGAAAAUGAGACACGUGAGCUGGCAGAGAAAAUGAACUCUAUUGUAUCUCAUGCAAGGAAAAUGGCCACCAAUCACUUUGACUCUCAGAGGAUUCUGGAUGAAACACAGAAAUAUCUGAAAAGGUUUGAGUCUUUGCAAGCACCUCUUGACGAGAAGCGUAAGUUGCUGGAAGCUGCAGUGGAUCUCUAUGAGUUCUACCAUUAUCAUGACAUGGAACUGAACUGGAUUAAUGAGCGAUUGCCUAUUGCCCAUUCCACCAACUGUGGGAAGUCCUUGGAUGUGGCUCAAAGCCUGUUGCAAAAACACAAGGAACUGCAGGCAGAAGUGAAUGCCCACAAACAGCAAGUUCAGCGGGUCCUGGAUAAAGGAAAGGCAAUGGUUGCAGGCCAGCACCCGUCAGCUCAGAAAAUAAGUGAGAAAUACCAGGAGCUUGUGGCUGCCUGGCAGGGCUUGGAGAAAGCCUGUGAGGAAAGGAUGAAGCAGCUGCAGCACUCAGUUGGCUUCCAGGAGUUUUUAAUGAAUACUUCAGACCUGGAGGCUUGGAUAGCAGAAAAACGUCCACUUGUGACAAGCAAGGACUAUGGUAAGGAUGAAGAAGGAACACUGAAACUCCUCAAGAAACAUAAGGCACUGGAGCAUGAGAUUGCCAUUUACCAAAAUUUGAUGAAAGAACUGAGUGAAAGUGCCCAAACUCUUCCUCUUGUGGGAUCCAUCCAGUAUGUUGAGGUUGAUGCACCAAAAGAACAAGUUCAUUCAAGACUCCAGGAGUUACAGGAACUAGCAGCAGCAAGAGGGAAGAAGCUGGAUGAGACUCUUGUCUUGCAUGAGUUUCUACGAGAAUAUGAAGAUCUGCAAGACUGGAUCACUCAGCAGAAACAAACAGCCAGCUCUGAAGACUAUGGAAAUGAUUAUGAACAUGUCUUGCAACUUUGUGCCAAAUAUGAAAUGUUCCGACACCAGUUGGAAGCAGCUGGGAAAAGAGUUGUGGCUUGCCAGCAGCUGGCAGACAACUUGCUGAACUGUGGGCAUUCUGAGUCCCGGGAAAUUCGGCACAAGCAGAAAGAGCUAAGGAACUCCUGGGAGGAGCUGUUGGAAAUUACCAGAUUACGAGGUGAGCGGCUGAGAGAUGCUGAGGCAAUUCACAAGUGUUACCAAGAUCUGACAGAUGCUCUGGCCCAUAUUGAGGAGAAGUUCAAAAGUAUUCCAGAUGAUGUUGCUAAGGACAUGAGAGGUGUGCAAACCCAGCUCCGGAACCAUGUGGCCCUGGAGCACGAGCUCUCUGGGAAUGAGCAGCAGUUGCAGGAGCUGAUCCACUCUGCAGAUCAUGUGCUGACCCAUUGCUCAAAGAAGCAGGUGGAAGACCUGAAAGCAAAGCAGCAGACCAUAGUGACCAGCUGGAAGGCCCUGAAGUCUAAAGUGGAACUGCGCAAGAAACUUCUGGAACAAGCAUACAAGCUUUACCAGUUUCAGGCGCAUGUAUGGGACUAUUUCUUAUGGACAGCAGAAAUAAUAAGGGAAAUGAGAGCCAAGGAGACUAUUCGGGACAUAUCUACUAGCAGCCUGAGACUUACCCAGCAUCAACAGCUACUGGCAGAGAUUGAAGCACGAGAAGAGAAGUAUAGUCAUGUUGUACAGCUAGGACAGUCACUCUUGCGAGAUGAGGAAAUAGGAUCAAAAGAGAUUCAGCAGAAGCUACAGGCUCUGUUGGAAGAGAAGGAAAAUGUAUACAAUGAAUGGAAACAGAAGAAGGAGUGGCUGGAGAAAAUACACCAAGAACAAAUGUUCUACAAGGAUUGGGAUCACCUGGACAUGCUCCUGAACUCACAGGAGAUUUAUUUGAAAAGCAGUGACCUCGGAAGCUCUGUAGAUGAAGUAGAGCAACUGAUAAGGAAACAUGAGGCUUUUGAGAAGCUUCUGGCAUCACAGGAUGAGAAGAUGAUGUCUCUUCAAGAACAGGCAAGCAGGCUAGAAAAGGUUGGUGGACUGGAAGGGCUAAAGAUCCAGCACAAACUGAAUGCCAUUCGUGAGAGGAAGCAGCAGAUCAAGGAUCUAUCCCAGAGUAGGAGAGAGAAGCUGCAGACCGCCCUUCUUCUGGCACUUUUCUACCAGAACUUGGAAGAGGCAGAAGACUGGAUCAGUGAGCGCAUGCAGAAGCUAGAGGAUCCUUCCAUACAAGACCCUAGCAAUCUGCAGGACAAAAUGAAGCUGCUGCAGAAACAUCAGGUCUUUGAGGCAGAGAUUCUAGCAAAUGAAGAAAUCAUCACAGCUGUUAAUAAGAAAGGAGAAGCCCUGGUAUCAAAAGGCCACCCAAAAUCAGGAGAGAUCCGUCGCCGAGUCCGCAUGCUUCAGGAGCAUUGGGAGAAGUUGAAGAGAGCUGUUGCUGCCCGUGGAAAGAUGCUGGAGGACAGCCGGGACUUCCUGGAAUUUCUCCAGAAGGUGGACCAGGUGGAAGCCUGGAUCAGGGAGAAGGAAGUCAUGAUUAAUGUAGGUGAUGUGGGAAAUGACUAUGAACACUGCCUGCAGCUCGUGAAAAAGCUGAAUGAGUUCCGUGGAGCAACAUCAGGGGAGAUGACAGUGGACGAUGCUCACAUCAGGGCUAUCAAUGCCCUGGCCAUGAAACUGGAGAGACAGAACAAGGAAGAAACAAAGACAAUAUAUGAGCGCCGGAAACAGCUCAAUGAGAAGUGGAACAGUUUCCAUGGUAACCUGAAUGCAUACAGGAAGAAGUUAGAGGGAGCCCUAGAGAUUCAUGCCUUAAUCAGAGAAAUUGAUGACAUCACAGAGAGAAUUACCGAGAAGAGUAUACUGAUACAAGCACUGGAUUAUGGGAAAGAUGUGGAAAGUGUGGAAAACCUGAUUCGAAGGCAUGAAGAGAUGGAGAGAGAAAUCAGUGUUAUUAAGUCCAAAAUGGAGCCAUUGGAAUUGGAAUCUUUCCGCCUUUCCACAAAGAAUCCAUCCAUAAAUGACAAACUGACUAUGAAGCAACAGGAGAUGAAAAACAGCUGGCUACAACUCCAGGGACAGGCCAAACAAAGGAAAGAGAAGCUGGCAGCCUCGUAUCAGUUGCAGAAGUUUAACUUGGAGAUGAAGGAGAUGCUAGAUUGGACCCAAAACAUCAGAGGUUUAAUGGAAGCAGGGGGGCUUCCUAAAAGUGCAAAUGAAGCGGAAAGCAUGAUUGAGGAGCAUCAGGAGAGAAAGGAGGAGAUUGAAGCACGAGUGGAAAGAUUCAACUCUCUCAGUGACUGUGGUCAAGAACUUGCCAAUUCUGGUCACUAUGCAACCCCUGAGAUUCACCGGUCCCUCUCCAGACUACAGCAAGCCUGGUCUGAAUUGAUCCAAGCAUGGCAGGAGCAAUAUAUGAAAUUGUUUCAGGCACAAGAUUUACAGAAAUUCUAUGGCUAUGUGGAACAGACUGAGAGCUGGCUCAGCAGCAAAGAGGCUUUCCUAGCUAAUGAGGACUUAGGGGACUCAGUGUCUAGUGUGGAGAGCCUACAGCGGAAACACAUGCAGUUUGAAAAAGCCCUGGAAGCUCAGAUGGAGAAAAUUGAUGAGAUGGCUUCAUUUGCUCAGCAGCUAACGCAGAACAAGCAUUAUGACUCGGACAACAUCACCAACAGAUGCCAGGCCGUUCUGAGGAGAAAAGAGAAACUGCUGGAGAAUGCUGCUGCUCGCAGACGUCUGCUAGAGGAAUCAAGGCUUCUGCAGAAGUUGCUGAGGAAUUCCUUUGAGGUGGCUGCCUGGAUCAAUGAGAAGAAUAGCAUUGCCCAGGAUGAUAGCUGGAAGGAUCCAAGCAAUCUGCAGACCAAACUGCAGAAGCACCAGACUUUCCAAGCAGAGAUCAUGGCCAAUAGAAAUCGCCUGGACUCCAUCAAAUCUGAAGGGGAGAAGAUGCUCUGUGAGAGGCACUAUGCCCCUGAAGCCAUUCAGUCCAGACUACAAGAAAUGGAAGAGCUAUGGGAGGAACUGCUAGCAAGUUGCCAGGAUAAACGGGCCAAGCUGCAGGAUGCUUACAAGGGCCUUCAUUUUCAGCGAAGUGUAGAGGAUAUGGAGAAAUGGUUGGAAGAUGUGGAAAAUGAAUUGAAAGCACCAUAUAGUAACAAUGAUCUGGUGGUUUUGAACAGUCAUCUGAAGAAACAAGAGGAACUGGAGGAAGAUAUUGCUAGCCAUAGGGACCGGCUGCAAGAGCUUGUGGUCACAGCUCAGCAAUUCCAGAAGGAGAAACAUUUCCUUGCUGAUGAACUAGAAGAGAGAGUGGAUCAACUGGUGCAGAGAUACAAAAGUCUACGCGAUCCUCUGCAGGAGAGACGUGGGAGUCUGGAGGCAAGCAGACUUCAGUACCAGUUCUUCCGAGAUGUUGAUGAGGAGUUGGCCUGGGUUCAUGAGAAGCUCCCCAUGGCUUCCUCCAGGGAUUAUGGCCAAUCCCUGGCAACUGUUCAGAGUCUACAAGAAAAGCACCAGAAUUUGGAGAAUGAGAUAAGCAGUCGAGAUGCUUUGACCAAAGCAGUGCUUAGUACAGGGCAGAAACUGGUAAGGGGAGGCCACUCAGCCUCUGGCAAGAUUAUGGAGCACCUGAAGGAGCUUGAAACUUCUGUAGAAACCUUGAAGGCAGAGGCUCAAGAGAGGAGACAGCGGCUCAUGCAGUCAUAUGAGGCCCAUCUGUUCCUGAAUGAGCUACUGGAGGUGGAGGCAUGGCUGGCAGAGAGGAGCUUCAUUCUGGAGACCUCUGAUUAUGGGAAGAAUGAAGAAUCCACACAAGCUUUACUUCGUAAACUUGAAGCUACCAAGCUCGACAUGGAUGGUUUCAGGCCCCGGAUCGAGAAAGUACAAGAGACAGGUGCCAGCUUAAUAAACAAAGACAGCCCAGAGAGUCCAGCCAUACUUUCAAAGCUCCAGGGGAUCCUAGCAGAUUAUCAGUCUCUUCUACAGAAGGCUGAGACCCAGAGAAAACGCCUGCAAGAACAAUUCCAGCUCUAUCAGUUUGAAAGAGAAUUCCAGCUGGUGGAUGCAUGGCUUUCCAGUAAACAGUCUGUAGCAGAGUCCGAUGACUAUGGGCAGGACUUAGAUGAUGUUGAGGUGCUGGAGAAAAAGUUUAAAGAUUUUGUAAAUGAGGUGAAGCCUCUGGGACAUUCCAAAGUUGUGUCCUUAAAUGAGUUAGCAUCUAAACUAGAGAAGGAGGGCCACAGCAAGAUGGACAUUAUCCAGAAGAGAACAAAGCAAAUCAGUGAGAUGUGGGAGAAACUAUGCCAUGCCAUCCAGACAAGGACAGAGAAUCUAAGAGCAGCCCGGCAAGUUCACCAGUAUGAUCAUGAUGUGGAUGAAAUAAAGGGCUGGAUGCAGGAGAAAGAGGCAGUGGUGGAUAUAGAAGAUUAUGGAUAUGAUCUUCCAGGUGUACAGACACUUCUCAGCCAGCUUGAGGGAGUAGAGAGAGAUCUAGGAGCCAUCAUGAAAGAACUGGAACGGAUUCGGGGAGAGGCUUGGCACCUCAGCCGCACAUACCCUCAAGUCAAGGAAAACAUCAUGGAGAGACUCACAGAUGUGGAUGAGUGCUGGGAAAACCUGGACAAGAAGUUUCUGGAGAGGAAGGCAAGACUGAGCCAGGCAGAACAAGUCCAGCUCUACUUCAAUGACUGCAGGGAGCUGAUGGCCUGGGCCAAUGAGAUGCAUGCACUAGUGAUAUCUGAGGAACUGGCAAAUGAUGUCCUGGGAGCUGAACUGCUUAUCAAGCGUCAUGAGGAAUACAAGCGUGAGAUAGAGAAACAGUGGCUAAAAUAUGAAGAAAUGCAGCGGGCAGGAGGUGACCUGAUGAAGAAUGGACAUUUCAUGUCUGUGGAGAUUGAAGAAAAACUGUUAGAGCUGUCAGAGCUGAUGAAGAAGGUGAAGGAGAGCUGGGACAUGAGGAAAGAGUUAUAUGAAGAAAACUGGGAGAUUCAAUUGCUCCGCAGAGAGCUAGAACAAGCAGAAGCAUGGCUGGCUGCCAAGGAGAGCUUUCUUUCAGAACCUAGCUAUGGGGAUUCAGUAUCUGAAGUAGAGGAAUUACUGAAGAAACACCAUGAUUUUGAGAAGAUGCUUGCAGCUCAGGAGGAGAAAUUUGCUCAGCUCAGCAGGAAAACUAAGAGGGAGAUGAAUCUUCUGAAACAAGUGGACACAGAAGAGAGUGAGCAGAAGGAUAAAGGCAAAGUUGUACGGGUUCCAUCUCUGAAAAGAAAAACAUCUGACAAAAGGAAUACACCACCAAAAGUGACAGAGAUAAAGAGCACGUCACUGCCAUCUGUGCCCUUACCCAGCCUGUCCUGGAGGGCCCCACUUGAAACUAUUUUCUCCCCCAUUGAAAAGUCUCCAUCGAAAUACCAACAAUUCGUUGCUGGGGGAGUCCCAGAAGUGCUGAGCAGCAACAAAACAGAAAUGAAAGCUGAGAGGAGGCUCAGUGAGAUUAUCACUCCACCUACACCAAAGACGGUGGGCCCACGAGCUACAUCUUUGGAAAGUCACAGUUCUUUAAGCUCUCCUUUAUCUCCUACUCCCAUAAGCCAGCAACGCAGCAGCAGUUUGUCAGAAUCAUAUGCCACAGGCCUUUUAUCACCUCAGGAAAAAAGUGCUAGGGGCUCCUCUUUCUCCAACUUGCAGACAAAACUGAUGGCGACUCCACCCAAGCCUGGCCAAAGGUCACUAGAUACAUCACCAAACUUACUGCUGUCUAACUCCUCUUGGGAGAGAUUAGAGAAUACAUCUUCGGUUUCUGCAAGUCUCCAGCACAUGGAGGGAUUCCUAGAAAAGAGAGACCAGCUCCUUCCAGGAAGACAACAGCCAGGCUCAAGGUCUUGGAAAUCCUUCUACGUAAAACUUGAUGGAUUAAAGCUUGAUUUCUAUAAUGAUGAAAAAGAAGCAUCUAAGAAUGUAUCCACACUCCUGUCCCUCAGCAUUCCUGGUGCCAAAUGUGAGAGGCUGGUAAAUUACAUCAGGAAAGAGAACGCCUUCAUGUUGCGGCUGAGAGAUGGGGCAGAGUAUUUCUUCGCAGCACCUUCUCAGACACUGAUGGAGGACUGGCUGCAAUCACUACAGAAUAAUAUAGGACACAGUAACAGAUCACAUUCCACGGUGAUGGUGCAGCCUUUCGCUCCAAACACAGAGACCUCCCAGACAAGACUGUGGGACUUUCCAGACAGAGACUGUGCUGAAAGACUAACCAGCAAAAGCUCACUCCUGAGGAGAACACCUUCCUUCAAAAUCAAACCAGAGAGAGAGUCUGCAGAAUUUUCCAGAGAUUUUAAGGAAGAUGGGACUGCAGUGACACAAGCCUCCAUCACCACCCUAAGCCUAGAACAAAGUGGUAAUAAAACAAAACUGCUUCCAUCUCUACUAGAAGCAGGAAGAGAAAAAUGACAUUUGCCUCAAUGAAUACCAGACCCUUCACCAUUAUAUCUUAACCCAGCCCUCUGGAAAUGUAUUGAUAUGUUUUAAGUUAAUCACUACCCUUGGAACUUAAUUAUGUAUUAAAUCUAGUAAAGCCA